AUGCCACCCAAAAAAGAACAUAAACACGAAGUAAACGACAAAGUAUUAUGCAAACACGGGCUAUACUUCUAUGAGGCAAAAAUCAUAGAAGUGGAAGAGGUGGAUGGGGAAAUGGUUUACUUGGUGCAUUACCAAGGAUGGCAUAAACGCUACGAUGAACGCAUUCGACAAUCGCAAUGUCCAGACUAUUUUCUGCCGCUCACGGAGGCGAAUAUCGCCAAAGCGAAGGCGGAUAUUCAGGAAGCCACCUCGGCAAAAACGAAGCGGAAACGAGCAAAGUUAGAGGACGACGACACAAGAAAAAGUGAGACCGGCAGUCGAGCGUCAACGCCGAGUGAUCGCGCAGGUAGUAGCACUCAUGCUCCCAGCACUCACAGCGACCGCCGAGCUUCCUCCGUUAAACACGAAUCUUCUUCGCGGAAAGCUGCAAGAGAUACAUGUGCUAUUCGUAUUCCGGCUGACCAACUAGGUCCAGAAAUCGACGCACAGCUGGAGCAGCUGAGCAACCUUCCGAAAUUGAUUAAAAAUAUCCUGGUAAAUGAACAUGACGCCGUGGUGAACCAUGGAAAACUCGCUAAUUUGCCUGCAAGAGUUACAGUGUACGAUAUAGUGGGGAAGUAUGUUGAGUUUACAAAGUCACGUUACGGCGAUAAAGAAAUAGAAAUCGAGCAUGACGGUGGUGUAACGUAUCUAUCCGGAAAUGAUAUGCUGAUUAGUACGGCGAAGGCGUUGCGAGACUAUUUUGACAUUCUGUUACCUUAUCAACUUCUGUACAAAUUUGAAAGGCUACAAUUCAAUACGUUGGCUAAGAAAGAACAAGAGAAAUUUGACGCCGAACAGUUGCAAUCUCAAGAGGUGACGCCCCGUCGUCUACGCAAGUCAUCGCGUGAAGUGAAAACGUCGUUGCCGUUGUCCGUGUACGCUCAAAUCAUGGAUGGCGGCCCUCUCCGCCCGGACAUGAUCCGUCCAUCGAAGUUUUAUGGUCUUGCACAUUUACUGCGUAUGUUCGUGAAGCUACCUGCCCUCCUUCGUCUCGUCCCAUGUGGCCAAGCUGGACUUAUAGAACGGAUCGCAUGUGUUCAUGAUUUUAUAGCGUUUGUUAGGCAAAAUGCUCCUUUCAUACUGGAUUUAAACGUUGAUUAUAAGGAAGCGGGAAAUCCUACUCGAAGUCGAGCAAGCACGGAUUCAGACAUGUUGUACUCGGCGCAGGCUGCUGUGGAGUACGAUGCAAGCGACACCACUGCACCACACAGAGCGAGACUGUAUCAUCUCUUCGGGCUCAUCGAUAAAGAAUUUGAAUCGUUGUUCGCAGAGAACUGUGCUCUUCGUGCCAAGAUCGAAGCGCUGGAAACAGGAGCCGAUGGUGACGUCUCUGUCCUUCAAUCAGAGUCGUUCACCGCGACCAACGAAAGCAUAAAGGGAGGCGGUGGCAGAAAAGCUAUGCAUGUAGGGCAGAAGCUACGAACUGCUCUAAGAGGACCUCCUGGUCGACUAGUGUUCAAAGUAGGUGGUGGAGAUGGCGAGCGAUUUCGACUGACACGUCGAUUUGAUGGUCAUCGCGAUGGAGUUUGGCAUGUGACAGCGGAUGCGACGCGAAGUAUAUGUGCCAGUGCGAGUGCAGAUCAAACUGCACGAAUAUGGUCGCUGAACACUGGUGCAUGUCUCUACACAUAUAUCGGUCAUACUGGGUCGGUGAAUUGUGUAGCAUUCGCGCCACAGCCAGAAUCUUCCUCGGGAGAGCUUACUGUAGCCACGGCGAGCGGUGACGAGUCGGCACAUAUCUGGAAAGUUUCUAUCGGCUCACAGAUGGUACUGAGUUCUGACGACGACGAGGACGAUAAGGCUGGACCGGACAGCGGUGCAGGCGAGAGCGACGCUGCUCCGCCGCAGUCAACUACGGAAGGCGCCCGUGUGAAAACUGCACUCAUGCGACUGACCGGACAUACUGGGGUGGUCAUCGGAUGCGAUUGGUUGGCAGGAGCAAGCCAGCUGAUCACUGCAAGCUGGGAUCGCACGGCCAACAUUUACGAUGUUGAGCGAGGUGAAGUACUGAACAUACUUAGUGGUCACGAAAUGGAACUUAAUCACUGUUCCGCCCAUCCAAGCCAAAAACUUGUCGUCACAUCAUCAAAAGACUCCACCUUUCGGUUGUGGGAUUUCCGAGAAACCAUUCAGUCGGUGGCGGUUUUCCAGGGACAUCAGGACUCUGUGAGUUCUGUAGCGUUUUCAACGGGUGACAGAAUUGUGUCCGGCAGCGAUGACCGAACGGUUAAAGUUUGGGAUCUCCGCAACAUGCGCAGCGCGAUAUCCACUAUAAGACUGUCGUCAGCUGCAAACCGCUUAUCAGUAAGCCGAAGUCAUGGAGCAAUAGCGAUACCACUCGACAAUCGUCAUGUUCGCAUUUACGAUCUGGCUGGAAAUCGCCUACCACGAGUGCCAAAUCGGCGGUGUCAUUCUCGCAUGUGUUGCUGGAUGGAAAGUGACAUUGGCAAAAGAAUGAGGAUGUGCAUUCUAGCUUUAUAA